UCUCCCAUCCACAACCACUUCGGCAGGCCCGGCCUGCGACUACGCAGCCUUCACGGCCGACCAUUCCAUGCUGAAAUCCCCUGCGUGUACCAACACCAAGCCCCCACUGACCGAAGCGGAGAAGACAGAAAUCCUGAGCGUUCAUAACACUCUCAGGGCGAAGGUGGCCAGAGGCGACGAGACCGCGGGCGAUCCGGGACCUCAGCCCAAAGGCGCCAACAUCCGGGAGCUGAAAUGGAACGAUGAGUUGGCAGACGUGGCACAGGCCUGGAUGGGUCAGUGCACCUUCGCCCAUGACUGCCCGGCCUGCAGGAAGAUCUGCUCGAGGGACUAUGCCGUCGGGCAGAAUGUAUACAGAUACUGGAUUAACAUAGAAAAUGACGAAAGAAUCAAUUGGACGCGUGCGAUACAGUUUUGGUACAACGAGGUGGAUGACAUGCCCAACACCUUCGUCGGGAGCUUCAGCAGCGUACCCCCGUCCGGCAAGGUCAUCGGUCAUUACACGCAGCUCGUGUGGGGUGAGUCGUACGAAAUAGGCUGCGGCGCCGUGCACUUCACCGACGGCGGGACGAGGAAGAUUUACGCCUGCAACUACGGGGCGGCUGGGAGCAUAUUGACUAGGCCAUUGUACGUGAUUGGGGAUCCGGCGUCCCAGUGCCCGGGCGCCGUGUCCGCUACGUACAGCGACCUUUGUGCUUAGGUCCAGGCGCUUGUGUGUUGAUGGAUGAGGUCUUUGCAUAAGGAAGUCUUUAAUACAUGGGUACAUGACCCGUAUAUUGCUUAAAAUUUGAAAGGAACCGAAAAAAAAAUUAUGGUUCAUUCACUGAAGUUCUGAAUCAUCUUGCUAUUACUUAAAUUACCCUUUGAAGUUGUGAGUAUAUUUGGUGUAUAUCAAAAUUAGUCAUU